AUGUUCAUUAGACAAUUUACCAGACAGUUUACCAGCGCAUGCAAGCCAAGAGCCUUCACCACCUCGACUUCCCGCCUCUCUGUAACAGACAAUGUGAAGCAAGCUGUAUUCGGCAAGGACGAAAAGCAGAAAGCCGCUGAGCAAGCAGAGGCAAUGAAAGACGGCGCCAAGGCAGCAGGAGACAGGACAUCUGCUAAAGGGAGCGAAUUGGCCGACCAAACCAAGCAGGGCGCUGAGGGUGCAACUGAGCAAGUCCAAGGCAAUGCCACAGCGGCGAAGCAAGCCUCCACUAAGACUGCAGAACAACUUAAGCCGCACGUCGAAGACGCAGCCUCAAGCACCAAAGACAAAGCUCAAGAUCUCACAAACAAAGCCGCCGGUAAGGUUUCAGAUGCCGCAAACGAGGUCAAGAACAAGACCCAGUAA